AAAUUUUUCAACGGGCGGUGUUGGCCUGUGACCUGCCGGAUGAAAAAUACUGUUUUUUCCACUGGAGCCUCUGCCACAGUGCCACUCUGCUCUCUAUUACACGCCAAAGCUGUAACCAUCAGGGGCUCGGUCGGGUCUCUCCACCUCCAAUAUAUCGCCACCUCUCCCUCUUCUCCUUCCCCUCUGUCUCGCACUCGCAUUGGCCUCACUCUUGCCAUGGAAGGAGGGAGGAGCCUGCACUACUCAUCCGUUCUCGCCAGGAUUCCCAGGAGGGUGCAGGAGAUGUUCCUCCACGCGGGCUUGCUCGAUGAUUCGUCAGGUUCCAUUAUAUUGCAAUACCUGCGAAAAUGGCCAGAAAUAUAUUCACCUUGCUUCUGGACAAGCACUUUUGCAUUGAUACAGCUGGUAUUUAUCACAAGUAUCGUGGCUCAGUUUAUGUUCAAGAGAAUCAGAUGGUGCAAGCAGAGACUCAAGACUGCAACUCCUGAAAGCAAUAAGCAUUCUUAUCAGGAACAAAAGCAUGCUGACAUAAAACUGGGUGUCUCAUAUCAAGCAAGCAAAGUUUGUUGCCUGCUUAUAUUAGCCAGUCAUGUUCUGAGGAUAUUAUUUUUCCAGUUGCAAAGAAGGAUAAGUGACUGUAAGUACCCACCUUUUGUUCUGGGUGAAGGUUUACAGGUGCUAUCCUGGAUAAUAUUAUCACUAGCAGUAUUCAGUCUACAGAAGACAAAAUCUGCAAAGCAUCCACUCACAAUACGGGCAUGGUGGAUAUUUAAUUUUCUGCAAUCAAUAAUCAGUGUGGUAUUUGAUCUUAGGUCCAUUUCAUCAGAUCACGGAUAUAUAGGGUUCACAGAAUUGAUUGACCUGUUCACACUUGUUAUCUGCACUUAUCUGUCUGUAAUUUCCGCCAGGGGAAAAACAGGAAUCACCUUAAUAAAUAGCAGCAUAACAGAGCCACUACUGAGUCCAGCUGCAGGACAGCAGACAGAAACCAAAAGGGCGUGUAUGUAUGGUAGAGCAAGUUUUCUGGACCUUGUCACAUUCUCCUGGAUGAGCCCUCUCUUUGCUAUCGGAUACAAGAAACCUCUAGAUAAGAAUGAUGUGCCAGAUAUUGAUGGAAGGGACUAUGCCGAUUUACUCUCUGGUUCAUUUGGAAGGAUCAUAGCAGAUGUUGAAUCCAGGCAUGGUUUAAGUACUUUGUCGAUAUAUAGAGCAAUGUUCAUAUUUAUUAGAAGAAGAGCAGCAAUCAAUGCAGUAUUUGCAAUUUUAUGUGCAUGUGCAUCCUAUGUCGGACCAUCAUUGAUUAAUGACUUGGUGAAAUUCCUUGGUGGAGAGAGGAAAUAUGGACUGAAAAAAGGUUAUGUUCUAGCUGCUGCUUUUUUGAGUGCCAAAGUUGUGGAGACGGUAGCUCAGAGGCAGUGGAUUUUUGGAGCUCGGCGGCUGGGGAUGCGACUACGGGCUGCUUUGAUAUCCCACAUCUAUCAAAAGGGGCUCCGGUUAUCCUGCAGUUCACGGCAGAAGCAUACAAGUGGAGAGAUCAUAAACUACAUGAGUGUAGAUAUACAAAGGAUAACUGAUGUUAUAUGGUACACAAACUACAUUUGGAUGUUACCCAUACAGCUUUCUCUAGCAGUCUAUGUUCUUCAUCAAAACCUAGGGGCUGGAGCAUGGGCUGGUUUAGCAGCAACACUGGCUAUAAUGACUUGCAAUAUUCCUCUAACAAGACUGCAGAAAAGGCUGCAAUCAAAGAUCAUGGCUGCUAAAGAUAAUAGAAUGAAGGCAACAACGGAAGUGCUUAGAAGCAUGAAGAUACUGAAACUUCAAGCAUGGGAUACAAAGUACCUUGAAAGGCUAGAAGAUUUACGAAGGGAGGAGCACAAUUGGUUGUGGAAAUCUGUGAGGCUGACAGCUUUAACGACAUUCAUAUUCUGGGGGUCCCCUGCAUUCAUAUCCUCCAUAACAUUUGGUACAUGUAUAUUGAUGGGGAUUCCUUUAACCGCUGGUACUGUUUUGUCUGCUCUUGCAACGUUCCGGAUGCUGCAAGAUCCAAUCUUCACACUUCCCGACUUACUAUCGGUGUUUGCUCAGGGAAAAGUUUCAGCUGAUCGAGUAGCACAAUACCUCCAGGAAGAAGAAUUGAAAUGUGACGCAAUUACAGAAGUACCAAGGAAUGCCACAGACUAUGCUGUCGAGAUUGAUCAUGGAGCAUUCAGCUGGGAACUUGAGACUGCAUCUCCAACUAUAACAGAUGUAGAUUUAAAAGUAAAGAGAGGGAUGAAAGUAGCAAUCUGUGGAAUGGUUGGCUCUGGGAAAUCCAGUUUAUUAUCAUGCAUUCUUGGGGAGAUGCCAAAGCUAGCUGGGACUGUGAGGGUCAGUGGGAGCAAAGCAUAUGUUCCUCAGACCGCCUGGAUCCUGUCCGGGAAUAUCAGGGACAACAUUCUUUUUGGAAACCCAUAUGACAAGGAAAAGUAUGAAAAGAUAAUACAAUCUUGUGCUUUGACUAAAGAUCUUGAGCUAUUUGCAAAUGGUGAUUUGACAGAGAUAGGAGAAAGAGGAAUUAAUAUGAGCGGUGGACAGAAGCAGCGGAUUCAGAUUGCAAGGUCAGUGUACGAGGAUGCCGAUAUAUACCUCUUUGAUGAUCCUUUCAGUGCAGUAGAUGCUCACACUGGAGGCCAACUUUUCAAGGAUUGCCUAAUGGGGAUACUUAAAGACAAAACAAUAUUGUAUGUGACCCAUCAAGUCGAAUUUCUUCCAGCCGCAGAUCUGAUACUAGUGAUGCAGGAUGGGAAGAUUGUGCAGAAAGGAAAAUUUGAUGAUCUCCUUCAACAGAACAUAGGGUUUGAAGCCAUAGUAGGAGCCCAUAGCCAGGCUCUCGAGUCCGUCAUAAAUGCCGAGAGCUCCAGCAGAGUUUUGUCAACAGACAACCAAAAUUUAGCAGAUAGUGAAGAUGAGUUUGAGAAAGAAAAUGACACCGAUGACCAACUUCAGGGUAUAGUUAAGCAAGAGUCUGCGCAUGAUGUCUCGCAAGACAUCAAUGAAAAGGGGAGGCUAACACAGGAUGAAGAACGAGAAAAGGGAGGAAUUGGCAAGAAGGUCUACUGGGCAUACCUGACAGCUGUUCAUGGUGGUGCAUUAGCACCGGUAAUAGUUGCAUCACAGUCAUUCUUCCAAAUAUUCCAGGUAGCAAGCAACUAUUGGAUGGCAUGGGCGUGUCCUCCAACAUCUGCAACCACCCCAAGGGUUGGAUUAGGCCUUCUUUUCUUCGUAUAUAUAGCACUGUCGAUAGGAAGUGCACUGUGUGUUCUUUCUCGGUCUAUGCUUGUGUCACUUGUUGGUCUACUAACAGCAGAGAAGUUCUUCAAGAAUAUGCUCCACUGCAUCCUCCGUGCUCCAAUGUCCUUCUUUGAUUCCACACCUACUGGCAGGAUCUUAAACAGGGUCUCCAAUGACCAAAGUGUUCUAGAUCUUGAAAUGGCAAACAAGCUUGGUUGGUGCGCAUUUUCAGUUAUACAAAUUCUGGGAACCAUUGGUGUUAUGUCCCAGGUUGCUUGGCCAGUUUUUGCCAUCUUUAUUCCAGUGACAGCAAUCUGUUAUGUGUUUCAACGGUACUACAUACCAACAGCAAGAGAGCUGGCUCGUCUGUCACAAAUUCAAAGGGCUCCAAUCCUCCACCAUUUUGCUGAAUCGCUUACAGGAGCAGCAAGUAUUAGGGCAUAUGGGCAGAAAGAACGUUUCAGCAAAGGCAAUAUCAGUCUUAUUAACAACCAUUCACGGCCAUGGUUCCAUAACAUCUCAGCAAUUGAGUGGCUUUGCUUCAGGCUAAACAUGCUAUCUAACUUUGUCUUUGCCUUUUCUUUGACUCUGCUAGUGAGUCUUCCUGAAGGUUUUAUAAAUCCAAGCAUUGCUGGACUUGCAGUGACUUAUGCGCUGAACCUUAAUGGACAGUUGUCAGCUAUAACCUGGAACAUUUGCAACGCAGAGAAUAAAAUGAUUUCGGUUGAAAGAAUAAUGCAGUACUCAAGGAUCCCUAGUGAGGCCCCUCUAACAAUUGAUGAUCACCGUCCCCCAAACAGCUGGCCAAAGGAUGGCACUAUAAAUAUAAGAAACUUGGAGGUUCGAUAUGCAGAGCAUCUCCCAUCUGUUUUAAGAAAUAUAUCAUGCACAAUUCCAGGGCGGAAGAAGCUGGGGAUUGUUGGACGUACUGGCAGUGGAAAGUCAACUUUGAUUCAAGCACUUUUCCGGAUUGUUGAACCAAGAGAAGGAACAAUUGAAAUCGACAAUGUUGAUCUCAGCAAACUAGGGCUGCAUGAUUUACGAGGAAGACUUAGCAUCAUCCCACAAGACCCAACAAUGUUUGAGGGCACAGUCAGAGGAAAUCUUGAUCCACUGAAUGAAUAUUCAGAUGAACGUGUAUGGGAGACAUUGGACAAAUGCCAGCUUGGGGACAUAGUUCGUCAAAGCCCAAAGAAACUGGACUCAACAGUUGUCGAAAAUGGGGAAAAUUGGAGUGUCGGACAGAGGCAGUUGUUUUGUCUGGGAAGGGUUUUACUAAAGCGAAGCAAUGUUCUUGUCCUCGACGAGGCAACUGCUUCGGUUGACUCAUCUACUGAUGCAAUUAUCCAGCAAACACUCCGGGAGGAGUUUGGGGACUGCACGGUGCUGACAGUAGCACAUAGAAUUCACACGGUUAUUGACAGCGAUCUGAUUCUUGUCUUCAGUGAAGGAAGAAUUAUAGAAUAUGACACGCCGUCGAGAUUACUGGAAAACAAGAACUCUGAAUUCUCCAGGCUCAUUAAAGAGUACUCGCAGAGAUCCAAGGGCUUUUAGUAGCAGAACAAAAAAUUGAACGGUGACACAGGGCCAACAUGAAGCCAACUAGCUAGGUUCGUCGCCAAGGCCAACUAGGCGCACUGCAGAACUCGGUAGAAGGAUCAUACACACACACCACACGGUCUCUCUCAACAUAACAAGCACGCACAAAAACCAUGCAGAUAGAGACUAUAUGAUUUACUGCAUGGCUAGCUCUUAGAUUCAGGCAAUUCAGGAAUAUUAUUAAGCCAUGUACUCUGUAAGCUGCUUUCUGGUGUUAGAAAAAUUAACUCAUGUAAGAGCAGCUAUUCGCAAAUUUUCUGUGGAAACAUCAAGAGAGGAAACCAUGAGCAAUUUCUAGAGUUAAA